UGAUAUUACAUAUUAAUAUACGAAUUCUUAUACAAGAUAAUUAUUUAUUGAGAAGAAUGUUUUACAAUGAAGUCAAUCUGUUCAUUCAAUGAAGACAUUAAAAUUACAUUGCCAAUCAACCUUGACCUUUUGACCUCAAACUUCAGAAAGAAAAAGAAAGUUUUUACACUUUAUUUAUCAUCAAUAAGGUAGCCAGUACUAGCCACUUUAGAUUGUGAAUAAUGAAUUCUAUGUCUUAGUGUCUAAGUAAAUAUCACUUUGCUGACCAUCAAACCUACUUAGGAAAUGCAAUAAAUGAUAUAAGGAAUCAGCAACUCUGAACUGAAAGGACUUUACUAAAUAGUCAGCAGAAUGGGAGUCAAAGCCUACAGCGUCGUGAAAUACAUAUUCUUUGCUUUUAAUGUACUGUUUUGGUUGCUGGGAUGCGGUGUGCUUGGGACAGGAAUAUGGCUUCACAUGGCUAAGGGGACAUAUGCCUCGAUUGCUCCCAACUUCAGCUUUCUUAGUGCUACAGCACUGUGUAUAGCAGCAGGAGUUAUUGUGCUUGUCAUUGGCUUCUUUGGCUGCUGUGGGGCAAUCAUGGAGAACCAAUGCAUGCUCCUUACAUAUUUUCUGUUUGUUGUGGUGAUAUUUGCCCUUGAGAUUGUUGCUGGGAUCUUGGCCUUUAUAUACAGGACUGAGGUGGAGCGAUUAAUCAAAGAUGAGCUGCGUGAAGGUAUCAAACAGAAGUAUCCACCCCCAAGCUCUAGGGAUGAGGAGGGAUUAUCAGCAGCCUGGGAAACUAUGCAACAAGAUUUCAAAUGUUGUGGCGUGACCAACCAUACAGACUGGUACAACUCAAAUGGGUGGCCAGAGAAGAAAUGGGUGCCAGAUUCAUGCUGUAUCAUACGCUCCACUAACUGUGGUCACUCAGGGAAACCUCACCUCUGGUACAGAAUUGGCUGUCUUGGUGAGAUGAAGUAUUGGUUAAAAUCGAAUCUCUACAUAUUGGGUGUGGUUGGCAUUACAAUAGGAGUCAUACAGAUAUUGGGCAUGGUGGCUGCCAUGGUGCUAUUCUGCUGUCUGCGCAAUGACAAGUAUUAUGAAUGAUGAACAUGUUAAAUGAUGAAUAUUAUGUAUGAUGAUGAAUAUUCAAGGGCUAUCCGCAGUAUUGUUUACUUCCGUUUAUCCAGUUUAGUGCAAAAGAAAGGGAAAGAUCUCAGUUCAACGCCAAAGUUCAGUUCAUCAUGUGACGUAUACAUAGUAGAGCACAUUGGACAAUUGGCACAUCAUCCAUUAGUUCAUAACAUAUUCAGCCUUUGAUAAGACCUACAACACUGUUGACAAAAGCUUUAAUCGUUGAAAAAACGUUAGUAGUGGAUAAAACCUUCACCCAUUGAUUAGAGCUACAACCAUUGAUAAAACCUUCAACCAUUGAUUAGAGCUACAACCAUUGAUAAAACCUUCAACCAUUGAUU